GCUCAAGUGCCAGAGUCCUCUAGCUCUCCUCCGAGCUGCGGUGUUCCCUUGGGCUCCCUUUCCCCAUUGUGCAGUGUGGUCUCCGGUCCAGCAACGGGCUCACCCUGUCCCCAGGACCGUGGAGGAGGGUGGGCUGGAGUGGAUGCUCCAGAUGCUGCGGACCAUGGUCGGAAAGCCAAAAUCUUACUCCCUUUAUCCUGGAACCGUUCCCGUGAUAAUUGUCAUCGUGGUCUUCUUUAGCUAUGGGUUCCUGAGCCACUUCCUGGGAAGCCCAGGACCCUCUGAGACCAGUGUGGUCACUGCUGGAGAGCGGGAUGCUCGGGAAGUUGUCACCUUGUCAAGGAUGAUCUACACCCAGCCAAAGGUGCUCACACCUGCUAGGAGCGAUGUCCUUAUCCUGACUCCAUGGCUGGCUCCCAUUGUGUGGGAGGGGACCUUCAACAUCGACAUCCUCAAUGAGCAGUUCAGGCUUCGCAACACCACCAUUGGACUGACCGUGUUUGCCAUCAAAAAAUAUGUGGUCUUCCUGAAGUUGUUCUUGCAGACAGCCGAGCAGCACUUCAUGGUUGGACACAGGGUCAACUACUAUGUCUUCACUGACCGGCCAGCAGACGUGCCGCAAGUGCCCUUGGGAGCAGGACGGCGGCUGGCGGUCCUGACCGUGCGCAACUACACUCGCUGGCAGGACGUGUCUAUGCACCGCAUGGAGAUGAUCAGCCGCUUCUCGGAGCAGCGCUUCCAGCACGAGGUGGAUUACCUGGUGUGUGCCGACGUGGACAUGAAGUUCCGUGACCACGUGGGUGUGGAGAUCCUGUCGGAACUCUUCGGAACUCUGCAUCCGGGUUUCUACAGAAGGAACCGAGAGGCCUUCACCUAUGAGCGCCGGCCCCAGUCUCAGGCCUUCAUACCUAUGGAUGAGGGUGAUUUUUAUUACAUGGGGGCCUUCUUUGGGGGAUCUGUAAUGGAGGUGUAUCACCUCACCAAGUCCUGUCAUGAAGCCAUGGUGGUGGACCAGGGCAAUGGCAUUGAGGCCGUGUGGCACGAUGAGAGCCACCUGAACAAGUACCUGCUAUACCACAAGCCCACUAAGGUGCUGUCCCCAGAGUACAUGUGGGACCAGCAGCUGCUGGGCUGGCCCUCCGUCAUGAAGAAGCUGCGUUUUGUGGCCGUGCCCAAGAACCACCAAGCAAUCCGAAACUAAUAGCCAAGGUCUCAGGAGUGCUGGGGGGCCAGGCCUGUGGCCCUAGUUCUCUCAGGUCAGCACAGAACUGGAAGUGUUUGGAGGAAAUUGCCACAGUGUCCCCCUCUACUCUACCUCUGAUCCAAGCAGGUCCAGCUCCACCUUGCCUGUCACACACUCAGCCCCAGGCCAGGGCAUCACAGAGUGGCCACCACUUUCAGCUCCUAAGACCCUCAGCUCUGUAAGGCGGUGGUCUCAUUCCCUGACCUGACAGAAGAAGGUACGGAGUCUUCCCCAAUGAAGAAGAAACCUUGUUACUCCUUCACCUGAGUGACAUGUUUGCCUGAGGCCAAUCCUUUCCUUUCUGAAUGUCCUGACUACUGGACCAUCAACUCAGGAGCAGGCAGACCAGGAGGAUGAAUCAUGACCUCAGGCACCAGCCAUGCUUGGCUUUGAUCUAGCCCAGUUUGGGUAGAGUAGUCCCUGUUGGCUAUUGUCUCUGUCUAUUUUUGGUUUACUUAGAAUUUUUCAGCUCUGUGCUAGAGAGAUGGUUCAGUGGUUAAAGGUGCUUGCUUCUUAAGCCUAAUUGCCUGGAUUUGAUUCCCCAUCAUCCACGUAAAGCC